GUUCUCUCGUCGUGUAUAAUAUUAUACCUCGCGCGUCGACAGCUCGAGAAGGCGGAACAAAAAGCGCAAGCCGCGCAACACUACGAUACCCACCGCCACCAUGUCGAAAGAUCAAAACAAUCUCGCGCAGUUUAAAUAUGCGGCCAUGUCCAAUUUGGUCCUGCAGGCGGACAGACGCUUUACGUCGCGCCGACCGGACGAGCACACUGGUGACCCCGAGUCGCUUGCAGGCCGAAUCAACAUUCGCGACAUGGGUGCGCGUACUGCGCGCGACAGCGCAAACGCACAAUCUAAGAAGCUCAAGGGUCCUGGCGUUGAGCGAGGCAACCUGGGUGAAGGUGGCGACGUCCUAGAAAGAGAGCAGCGCAAGAGGAAAAGGGACGAUGGCACAAGCGCCUUUGGGGCUACCUCUGCCACCGACUUGAACAUCGAAGGCCUCACAUACAAGCCGCGCACACCUGCCACACGCCAGACCUUUGAGCUCAUUACAACCAUUGUGAGCAGAGCUCUUGGCGAUGUCGACCCUGCGACCACGCGAAGUGCAGCCGACCAGGUCCUGGAAUAUCUCAAGGAUGACAGCAUGAAGGACUUUGACAAGAAGAAGGAGGUGGAUGAUCUUUUGGGUACCUCCAUGGGCGCAAAGGAGUUUAACGAGCUUGUGAACCUCGGCAAGAAGAUUACCGACUACGACGCGCAGGAUGACGAGGAAGGAGGCGACGAGGAGAUGGCCGAUGGCGAUGGUGCGGAUACGGGCGACAACCAAGGUGUUGCUGUCGUAUUCGACGACGAAGAGGAGGACGAAGACGGCCCGCAAACUUUCGAAGUGCGAGACGCCGACAGCUCAGAUGAAGAGGAUGAAGCAGAGGCGCCGGUAGAACAAAUCGGAGGCGACGACGACGCAAAGGCCGCAGGCUUUGCCGACACCGAGGAGACGAUAAUACAGGGCGAUGCGGCCAUUUCUGAUCGCAAGAACGGCGCAGACCAGCUCAUUCCCGCACACGAGAUCGAUGCAUACUGGUUACAACGGCAGAUUGGACAGAUCUACGAAGAUGCGCACACACAGCAAGAGAAGACACAGCAAGCGCUCAAGUUCCUUGCGGGAGUCUCGGAAGACGGCGAAGAGAAGGAGCUACGUGAGAUUGAGAACGACCUCAUGGAUCUCUUUGACUACGAACAUCACGAACUGGUCGCCAAACUCGUACUCAACCGCGACAGAGUUGUCUGGGUCACAAGGUGGCGCCGCGCCGCGGAAGACAAUGACGAACGAACGGCCGUUGAGCGGGAGAUGAAGGCUGCCGGUCAGCAACAAAUCCUGCAAGAGCUGCGCGCACGAGAGACGGGCAUCAAGGCAGAGGACGGAGCCGGUACUGGAAAGAUGAAGUUCAACCUCAAAGACAUCAGUCUUCCUGAGCCGUCAAACGACGUGGAAAUGGCCGACGCUAAACCAGAGGGCAUUGUUGGCGGCCUGCAGCCGUCAAGUCGACUUGUCAACCUGGAAAACAUUGUGUUUGACCAAGGUAACCAUCUCAUGACGAAUGCCAGUGUCAAGCUGCCUCAAGGGUCAACAAGACGCCAGUUCAAGGGCUACGAAGAGAUCCAUGUGCCCGCACCGAAAGCCAAGCGCGAUCCCAACGAACCGCCACUGAUGCCUACGUCUGAACUACCUGAGUGGGCGCGAGCGGGUUUUGGUAGCUCAAAGUCACUUAACCGUAUCCAGACCAAGUGUUUCCCGACCGCCUUCAACGACGACGGCAACAUGCUGAUUUGCGCCCCCACUGGUUCUGGAAAAACCAACGUCGCUAUGCUGACCAUGCUACGAGAGAUUGGCAAGCACCGCAACCCGCAGACGGGAGAAAUUGCCCUGGAUGACUUCAAGAUCAUUUACAUUGCUCCGCUCAAGGCUCUGGUUGCGGAACAGGUCGGUAACUUUGGCAAGCGUCUUGAGCCCUAUGGUAUCAAGGUCUCUGAGCUUACUGGUGACCGCCAACUUACCAAGCAGCAAAUCGCCGAGACCCAGAUCAUUGUCACGACUCCUGAGAAGUACGAUGUCAUUACCCGUAAGGCUACCGAUACAAGCUACAUCAACCUUGUCCGCCUCAUCUGUAUUGAUGAAAUCCAUCUUCUCCACGACGACCGUGGUCCAGUUAUUGAGAGCAUUGUCAGCAGAACCCUUCGACGUAGCGAGCAGACUGGUGAUCAUGUGCGCAUUGUAGGUUUGAGUGCUACUCUUCCCAACUACCGCGAUGUUGCCAGCUUCCUCCGUAUAGAUCCAGAAAAGGGACUGUUCCAUUUCGAUGGCACCUUCCGACCCUGUCCCCUGAAGCAGGAGUUCAUUGGUGUUACAGACAAAAAGGCCAUCAAGCAGCUGAAAACCAUGAACGACGUUUGCUAUACCAAGGUCCUGGAGCAGGUUGGCGAGCACCGCAACCAGAUGCUGAUCUUCGUACAUUCCCGAAAAGAGACUGCAAAGACUGCCAAGUACAUUCGUGACAAGGCUCUUGAGCAAGAGACUAUAGGCAAGAUUCUUCGAUCAGACGCUGCUAGUCGAGAAAUUCUAAGAGAAGAGUCCGAGUCGGUACAGAACACCGAUUUGAAGGAUGUCAUGCCCUACGGAUUCGGUAUCCAUCACGCUGGUAUGUCACGAGCAGACCGUAGUACUGUAGAAGAUCUGUUCGCCGAUGGCUCAAUCCAAGUGCUGGUGUGCACAGCUACUUUGGCUUGGGGUGUCAACUUGCCUGCGCAUACAGUCAUCAUCAAGGGAACCCAAAUCUACUCUCCAGAGAAGGGUAGCUGGGUUGAGCUGAGUCCACAGGAUGUUCUGCAAAUGCUCGGUCGUGCUGGUCGACCCCAGUAUGAUACUUAUGGAGAGGGUAUCAUCAUCACUACACAGUCAGAGAUACAAUACUACCUCUCACUACUCAACCAGCAGUUGCCUAUCGAGUCGCAAUUCAUCAGCAAACUCGCAGACAACCUCAACGCCGAGAUUGUUCUAGGCAAUGUCCGGAACAGAGACGAGGCAGUGGACUGGCUUGGUUACACAUAUCUCUUCGUUCGAAUGCUUCGAUCCCCAGCUCUGUAUCGGGUAGGUCCAGAGUAUGAGAAUGAUACAGUCUUGGAGCAAAGACGUGUAGACCUUGUCCACGCAGCUGCACAUGUGCUUGAGAAGUGCAGCCUUAUCAAGUAUGACAGGAAGACUGGAGCGCUCAACCCUACCGAACUCGGAAGAAUCGCCUCCCAUUACUACAUUACCCACAACUCGAUGGCGACCUACAACAUGCACAUCCAGCCUGGCAUCAGCGCCAUUGAGCUUUUCCGAGUGUUCGCUCUCAGUGAGGAAUUCAAGUACAUUCCUGUCCGUCAAGAUGAGAAGUUGGAGCUUGCAAAACUACUUGGAAAGGUUCCAAUUCCUGUCAAGGAGGGUGUUGAGGAGGCUCAGGCCAAGAUCAAUGUUCUCCUCCAAGCUUACAUUUCUCGCCUCAAGCUUGAGGGUUUGGCACUGAUGGCAGAUUUGGUUUACGUCACGCAAUCUGCGGGACGUAUUCUGCGUGCAGUCUUUGAGAUUUGUCUCAAGAAGGGCUGGUCGCAAGUUGCAAGGCUGGCUCUCGACAUGUGCAAGAUGGCGGAGAAGCGCAUGUGGCCUACCAUGACGCCUCUGCGACAGUUUCCCACUUGUCCCAGGGAUAUUGUGCAAAAGGCAGAACGUAUCGAUGUCAACUGGUCGAGCUACUUUGGCCUGGACCCACCCAGCAUGGGUGAGCUACUCGGUAUGCCCAAGGCUGGCAGGCUCGUCUGCAACCUUGUUGAGAAGUUCCCGCGACUCCAGAUUGAAGCAACACCACGCCCGGUGACCAGGUCGUUACUCCGCCUGGAGCUUACCAUUCGACCCGAUUUUGUGUGGGAUGCUGAGCUUCACGGAGCAUCUGAAGCCUUCUGGAUUCUCGUGGAGGACUGUGAUGGUGAACAGGUUUUGUUCCACGACACCUUCAUCCUCCGUCGUGAUUAUGCUGAUGGCGAUGCCAAUGAACAUUUGCUCGAGGUCACUGUACCCAUUGAUGAGCCCAUGCCGCCCAACUACUUCGUCACAGUCCUCUCCGAUCGGUGGAUGGCGUCUGAGACUAAGCUUGCUGUCUCUUUCCAGAAGCUUAUCCUGCCAGCCAAGUUUCCUGCUCAUACGCCCGUCCUGGACCUGCAGCCUCUGCCUGUUUCUGCUCUGAAGAGGAAGGAAUAUAUGGGCUUGUAUGAGAGUAUUGGUCGCUUCAACAAGGUCCAGACGCAAACUUUCAACACCUUGUAUACCACGGACGACAACGCGCACAUUGGUGCAUCUGCAGGCAUCGGUAAAACCAUCUGUGCUGAAUUUGCCAUAUUGCGGCAUUGGGGUACUGGCAACGAAGGCCGCAUAGUUUACCUUGCACCUUUCCAGGAGCUUGUCGAAACACAGUACAAGAACUGGAAUGAGCGACUUUCAGGUCUCUCUGGAGGCAAGGACAUUGUCAAACUCACUGGUGAAACUACGGCUGAUCUCCGACUACUUGAGAAGGGUGACCUUGUUUUGGCUACACCUUCUCAGUGGGACUCUCUUUCUCGCCAAUGGCAGCGCCGAAAGAAUGUUCAGUCUGUGUCUCUCCUGAUUGCUGACGAUUUGCACAUGCUCGGCGGAUCUAACGGCCAUGUCUACGAAAUUGUCGUCUCACGUAUGCAGGCCAUGGCAACUCAGCUUGAGUCGAAGCUGCGUAUCGUUGGACUGAGUGUCUCAUUGUCAAAUGCGCGAGACCUUGGUGAGUGGAUAGGCGCGAACAAGCACACCAUCUACAAUUUCAGCCCGGCUAUUCGAGCUGUACCGCUCGAGCUCAAGAUCCAGUCGUUCACCAUCCCCCACUUCCCAUCCCUGAUGAUGGCCAUGGCGAGACCGACAUACCUCGCUAUCACGCAGAUGUCUCCCGAUAAACCAGCUAUGAUCUUCGUUCCGAACAGGAAGCAGGCUCGUAGCUCCGCUGUCGACCUCUUCAACGCCUGCAUUGCAGACGACGAUGAGGACCGCUUCCUCAAUGUUGAGUUGUCGGAAAUCCAACCCAUCCUCGAAAAGAUCAACGAGCAAGCUCUCGCUACUUCCCUGUCUCACGGUAUCGGUUACUUCCAUGAGGCUUUGAACUCGUUUGAUAAGCGGGCUGUUCAGCACCUUUUCAAGGUUGGCGCUAUCCAGGUCAUGAUUGUUUCACGAGACUCUUGCUGGGAGAUUGACAGCAGUGCUCAUCUUGUUGUCGUCCAAGGCACCCAGUUCUACGAGGGACGUGAACACCGAUAUGUUGACUAUCCCAUCAGCGACAUUCUGCAGAUGUUCGGCAAGUCUGGCAGGGUUGGACUGGAUAAGUCGGCCAAGGGUGUGCUCAUGCUGCCUGCGGUGAAGCGCGAAUACUACAAGAAAUUCCUGAACGAGGCGUUGCCAAUCGAGAGCUACCUCCCCGACUACCUCCACGAUGCGUUCGUUGCCGAGAUCAGCGCGAAGACGAUUGAGUCCACACAGGAAGCCGUUGACUGGUCGACAUACACGUACUUCUACCGCCGCCUACUCGCCAACCCAAGCUACUACAACCUGCACGACACUUCUCAUGAAGGACUCAGUGCACACUUGUCCGACAUGGUUGAGCAGACCUUGAAGGAGUUGACGGAUGCCAAUCUCAUCGAGCAUGACGAAGAUGAGGAUAGUAUCACGCCACUCAACCCAUGCAUGAUUGCGGCAUACUACAACAUCUCUUUCAUCACCAUGCAGACGCUCAUGAUGUCGCUUAAUGGCAGGACAAGCUUGAAGGGUGUGCUAGAGAUCAUUACAGCCGCCACAGAGUUUGAGGACAUGCAGAUUCGGCGACACGAAGACCACAUUCUCCAGCGUAUUUACGACCGCGUUCCGUUCAAGAUGCAAGAGCCAAACUUUGAGACGCCUCACUUCAAGGCUUUCGUCCUUCUCCAGGCGCACUUUUCACGCAUGCAGCUGCCCAUUGACCUGGCCAAGGAUCAAGAGACUGUCCUGCGAAAAGUUCUCAACAUCCUCAGUGCCAGUGUCGAUGUCCUCUCGUCAGAAGCCCAUCUCAACGCCAUGUCUGCCAUGGAGUUAUCCCAAAUGGUCGUCCAAGCAAUGUGGCAGAAGGACUCUCCACUCAAGCAGAUCCCGCACUUCGAUACCGAUACUAUCAAGGUUGCGCAGAAGUUUGGCAUCAACGAUGUCGACGACUUCAUCAAUGCCAUGGACGAGGAUGAGAACCCAGACUACAAGAAGCUCAUCGCCGCGCUCAACGUCGACCAGCGCCAGCUUGCCGACAUUGCGAACUUUACAAACAACUUUUACCCCAACGUCGAGCUCGAGCACGAACUUGUCGAUCCCGAGGAUAUUGCAUCCAACUCGCCUGCUCAGCUCAAGGUCCGCGUCACUCGCAACCUGGAAGAGGACGAGGAGCCCAAGACGGAGGUGCACGCACCAUUCUACCCUGCCGAUAAGACAGAGAGCUGGUGGCUGGUUCUUGGAGAUCAGAAGGACCACACGCUGCUUGCUAUCAAGAAGGUGCCUAUUCUACGGAAGCUGGAGACGGUGCUUGAGUUCACCCUCGAGAAGCCUGGUAGUCAUGAGUUGACGCUCUACCUGGUCAGCGACAGCUAUCUUGGUGUGGACCAGGCGCCUACGUUCCAGCUCGAGGCUGCAGAGGGCAUGGAGGAGGACAGUGAGGAGGAAGAGGAAGAGUAGUGUUGUGUUAGUAUAGGGAGAAGUCAAUGGUUUGGAUAAUUUAUGAUACCUUGUCCUUUCAUCAUCAUCAGCAGCAGCAGCAACAGAAAAUUAGGGCUGGCGUGAACGGGGCGUUGGAAAUUGAAUUGCAUGUAUAGUAAUUUACUUUGCACAUGAUGAUUGGCUACCGGGCCGCGAUUAGUAUGUACUCUGAGCGAAUUUGGAUUGUAACAGCGUAGGAAGAACAGAUGGUG